AUGUCCGGCCUCGCCGCCGAGGCUGACGCGAUACUUCACGACCUGGAGUCUCCUGACGACCAGGAGACCCUCGCCCACCACAAGCACCUGCUCGAGGUCUACGGCUUCUUGCUGCAGUGGACCGUUGCCGCCGUCGAGACAAAGGCCGCCGAGAAGUCGUCCGCUCAGCCCGUCGCGCGCGGCCGCGGCAAGCCCAAGAAGAACGCGCCCAAGGGCCAGGAGGCCGUCUGGGACUCUUCGGCACAGCUACAGCCCGUCCUUGACAUAAUGUCCGCGCAAAUCAACAUUGUGCAAAACCUGACCUACUUCGAGCACCUCUCAGAGCCCAUGGCUGAGUUCCUGCAUAUCCUUGCCGAGACAUACGACUACCCUCAGCUGGCCGACGAGAUUUUGCGCGAGCUCAGUAACAAGGAGUUCAACAGCAACGACACGAAGGGCCCCAAAUCCGUAUCUCAAUUCAUAGUUAAGCUCUCGGAGUUGGCGCCGCGACUGGUGAUUAAGCAAAUGACAAUGCUGGCUAAGCAGCUCGAUAGCGAGUCCUAUACCCUGCGUUGCUCCCUCAUUGAGGUUUGUGGCAACAUGGUCGCGCAUCUCAGCCGUCAGGAGGAACGUGGCGAGAACCACAAGUCACAGCUCAAUGCGUUCUUUGAUGUCCUAGAGGAGCGUUUUCUCGACAUCAACCCCUACUGCCGAUGCCGCGCCAUCCAGGUGUACGUCAAGAUCUGUGACCUCGAGCAAAAGUUCCCUAAGCGAAGGCAAAAGGCCGCCGAGCUAGCAUGCCGCAGCCUUGAGGAUAAGAGCAGUAACGUCAGGCGUAAUGCCAUCAAGUUGCUCGGCGCGCUGAUCAAGACACACCCUUUCACCGUCAUGCACGGCGCACAGCUGUCUCGCAAGGAGUGGCAGGCACGUCUCGACAAGGUUGACGAGGAGCUGAAUGCGCUACAGCCACCUGAGGGGGCGCCUGGUCUCGGUGAGAACGCCAAUACGACUGUUGACCCUGAGCUCCUGGACGACGCCACGCAGGUGCCGGAGUCACCACAGAAGAAGCCCGCUCCAACAAUGACGGAUGAAGAGAGAUUUGCUGCCGUACAGAAGGCACGCGAAGAGGCUGCCACAUCAGAGGCUAUUGAAAAGCUUGGCCUGACCAAGAGAUACUACAGCGAAGCUCUCAAGUUCAUUGACGUCCUCCACGAGGCCACCGGAACUAUUUGCCAGCUCCUCGGCUCCAGAAACAAGAGCGAGGUUAUCGAGGCUAUGGAUUACUUUGAGGUCGGCGACGCCUACAACAUCGAGCAGAACAAGGUGGGCAUCCGCAGGAUGCUGCGUCUCAUCUGGACCAAAGGCAACAGCGACGAAGGCAAGGGUGUGCAGACUCAUCUGAUUGACUGUUAUAAGAGGCUUUUUUUCGAAGCUCCUGAGUCAUUCAGUCCCAACGACGCCGCCAACUACAUUGCGCGCAACAUGAUCAGUCUGACAUUUGGCGCUUCCCCUGCCGAGCUCACGUCUCUCGAGCAGCUGCUGGCUACUAUGAUGAAGGGUGGUCUCAUUCCCCGACUUCGUCAUUGCAAAACUGUGGCAAGUCUAUGGUGUUCAGAAGCGAGAGAUUUCGCGGACCCAACGCCGUGGUGCCAUCAUUGUGCUGGGCAUGCUGGCGACAGCCAACCCAGAAAUCGUCGUUGGCGAAAUGGAAACCAUGCUUCGUACCGGUCUGGGUGCACACGGAAGGGCAGACCUUCAGCUUGCCAAGUUUACUUGCAUUGCGCUGCGCAGGAUCAAUCCGACAGGGCGCCAGGCCAAAGACUCACUCAUCAACGUCGGAAGCAGGAUCUUGAGAAGGAUAAGACUGCGAAGGCCGACCCGGCCGCCAAGAAAGACAAGACAGAAGAGCCAGAUGAUCUGGACCUCAUCGGCGGAACAACGGAAGAUGAUUUCACGGAAGCCAUGGCGCAUAUUCGCGAGCGGGAGCUCCUCUUUGGCUCGAAUGCUCUGCUGGCGCAGUUUGGCCCCUUGGUAUCUGAAAUUUGCGCCAACAACACGACAUACGCAGACAAGGGUCUCCAGGCGGCGGCUACGCUGUGUCUGGCCAAGCUGAUGUGCGUCAGCUCCGAGUAUUGCGAGGCAAACCUCCCUCUCCUCAUUACCAUCAUGGAGCGGUCCACAGACGCAACGGUCCGGUCCAACGCUGUGAUCGCGCUCGGUGACAUGGCUGUGUGCUUCAACCACCUGAUCGACGAAAACACCGACUUCCUUUACCGUCGUCUUGCCGACAGCGACCAGUCCGUCAAGCGUACGUGUCUCAUGACUCUGACCUUCCUCAUCUUAGCAGGGCAGGUCAAGGUCAAGGGCCAGCUCGGCGAAAUGGCAAAGUGUCUCGAAGACGAGGACAGACGCAUCGCCGACCUGGCGCGCAUGUUCUUCACCGAGCUCAGCACCAAGGACAAUGCCGUUUACAACCACUUUGUCGAUAUGUUCAGCCUGCUGUCCGCCGAGAAGGGCCUCGGCGAGGAAAGCUUCCGUCGCAUUGUGCGUUUCUUGCUCGGGUUCGUCGAGAAGGACAAACAUGCGCGACAGCUGGCCGACAAACUGGCGGCGCGUCUGGCGCGCUGCGACACAGAGAGGCAGUGGAACGAUGUCGCAUUCGCGCUAGGCCUGCUGCCGCACAAGAACGAGGAGAUCGCAAGGGUCGUGGGCGAGGGAUUCAAGCUCGUGCAGGUAGCGUGA